GAUACUCGAGCUUUAGGCUUAAAUAACUUGUCGGUCAAUUUUUUUUUUCUUACUUAUAUUGAAAACCCAAAUACCAUUAAAUAGUCUUGAUAGUUGAUACCACCUCCAAGUGUCCCUUCAAUUCUCAUUCUCUCUUGCUACUUUGCUAGGAAGCUACCUACAAUGUUGUCCUCCACACACACAUGCCCUUGUCCCAUCUCCAAUUCAACCCUCAAGAUCCCAAGCACCAACUUCAGCCACACCAUGAGCAUGGCAACACCCCAAGCAUCAAACAUGGAGCCAAAAUCAAUGAUAGUUGAGCUCCACAUCCAAGGGUGGAACAAGGUGUACGUGGAGCCCACAAGAGGGUACCCACUUUUCACAACGGACGAAGCCUUCAUGGUGUCCCCAAAGUUCACCUGCCACUUCAAGGUUCCACCUUUCGUUUCGGUUUCCAAGGUCACGUGCGGCCCUCACGUGACCAGGGAGUUGGACAAGAUGCCCUUUUCCCAUGCACUCGCAGGCUACCUCAGGCCCUUCAUUGUGGACGCUCUUGUUGAGUUUGCCAAAACCGGGCUUGUGGGAUUUAAGGUGGUUUUCGAUGUUAAGGUUGUCAAGAUUGACUUGGCCAACUAUCAUGAGUGUGAUUACUAUCGUAGACGUGGCUUUGUCUAGUGGGAACUUUGUGUUUUUUGUUUUGUAAUUAAAAAGUUAAAUCCGUAAGUUAAGGUUCUGUUUGGUGUUGUGUGUUGUGUUGUGAAUUGUGAUUGCUUUUUGUUGGAUAUGGAGAUUUUAGAUGUGUUUGGUUAUUCCCUUCUUGUUUGAAUGUCUUCUUUUUUGUUGGAUAAGAGAAGAGGGUUUUUAAUGGAAAAAAAUGACAAU